AUGACAGCAAAUAAAAAGAGUCUUUGCAGAAGGGGUCAUUUUUCAGACUGGUCCACAUCAUGGUCAUUAUGGAAAAGCUUUAGUGAUUUUAUUUUUAAAAGAAAUAAUGCUUUUUUAUCCAAAAAGUUAACUGUUGGAACUGUUAGGAACUUGAAAAAAUUCAGCAAAUGUCAGAAUACUGGAAGCAGGCUUGUUAAACAAGUAAAGAAAAAGAUUGCACAUCAAACCUCUACAUCAAGGUGUGUGAAAAAUAUCAGUAACCGUGGAAAAGUAGAGCCUGAUGUAAAAGAGGUUGCAGAGCACAUUUUUUCUGCAAAAGGCUUGAGAAAGAUCUCCAACAACUCAAAACUUGCAUGCAGUAGGAAAUACCUUAACUGUUCAUCAAAAAACACUGAAGCUCAGACUGGCCCAUUAGUGGAAACCAAAAAUCAAGUAAACUAUGGUUUAAUUAAUACACCUGUCCCUGAAAACGCUGUUUUCUCUACAACAAAGGACAAUAAAGGGCUUCAGCUGAAGUUGGAAUGUCCCUGCUCCCUUGUGACUAAGGAUCACCAAAAAAGACAAGUGUUAAGGAAAAAAUCAUUUGGAAUUUUAUGGUUACGGAAAUGCUGUAAUUUGCUUAUGAUGCCUAGAAAAUCAUCUCCGUUUACAGGCCGUAACAGAUUACACUCGCAUAAGCUAGGUGCAAGAAAAAGCCUUAAAAUAUUAGAUUUGUGGCUGUGGUUUUACAAACGAUUUUGGAAGUGCCGUAUAAGUCUAAACAGUAACUUUGAGAAAGUGUUAUCAUAUUUGAAGCUGAAGAUUCAACGACCUGUCAAGGCAGCAAGUAGGGCAUACGAUAUGAACAAUAACACAUCAGGAAUCUUAUGCGAAAUACAACCACGCACAACCAACACUUGCCUACGAGAUGAGACUCUUAAGCUACAGAGAGUGGACAGUGAGACUCAAUUUUCAAAUGUGGCAGCAAACAGAUCGAUAUUAAAAGACAACCAGCACCCAGCUCUCUGCAUGGGUGCUCACUGGGGUUCGGAGGACACUUUGCAAAAGAAACUGAGUGACGUUCCUGUUAUUAAUAGUUAUCCUGAUGAUAUGUGUAUGCUCUUAACGGAAAAAGAGGUAUCUAUAUCUUCCCAGGAGGAAGGAGAUGUACAGGGAGAUCAGGAUGAAGAGACAAUGCUCCUGGCUCCUGAUAAAAUAAAGCCAUGUACAAGUGAAACGGUUGACUUUCAGGACAAUACAGAAGGACUGGAAAAUGGAGAUGAUCCCUGUUCCAUGGAAGUGGAUGAGAACAGCAGUUCGGAUGUAUUUAAUACAAAGUUACUAGACCAUCCUUACUGUAAAAGUCCUUUGCAAGAGACUUUACUUGAAGAGGGAUUAGACAUUUCAGAAAAACAGGCCUUAAAGAAUGGUCAUAAAAUAAUCAGUAAUAUCACUGAUGAUCAACUGGUGUCCUCGAUUUGUGGGCUGCUAAAUGAGACUAUGAAGAAAUAUGGUAGUUUAAUCCCAUUGUCUGAGAGAGAGGUGCUGACUCGAUUAAAGGAAGUCUUCAACGAGGACCUUUCCUACAGGGCUUCCUUCAUCAACAAAGAAAUAUCAAAAUACAGAGCCAAGCAUUCCAAGACUACUGCAUGCAGUUUCCGCGUCUUAUACAAUAAACAUGUGCUUGAUCUGGAUGACCUCACUACCCUCGAUGGACAAAAUUGGAUCAAUGAUCAGGUUAUCAAUAUGUAUGGUGAGCUAAUCAUGGAUGCUGUUCCAGACAAGGUUCAUUUCUUAAACAGUUUCUUUCACCGUCAACUUAUGACCAAAGGUUAUAAUGGUGUGAAACGAUGGACUAAAAAGGUUGAUGUUUUCAAAAAGAUCUUGUUGUUAAUUCCAAUUCACCUAGAAGUUCACUGGUCUUCUCAUUACUGUGAAUAUACCCAAAAAGCUAAUUUCUUUCUAUGAUUCCCAAGGCAUACAUUUUAAAUUCUGUGUAGAGAAUAUCCGCAAAUACCUAAUUACAGAAGCCAAGGAGAAAAGUUACCCAGAUUUUCUUGAUGGAUGGCAGACUACUGUUAACAAGUGCAUUCCACAACAAAAGAAUGACAGUGACUGUGGAGUUUUUGUCCUUCAGUAUUGCAAGUGCCUCGCUCUAGAACAGCCUUUCCAGUUCUCCCAAGAAGACAUGCCUCGUGUACGGAAGCGGAUAUACAAAGAACUUUGUGAAUGCAGACUUAUGGAUUAA